AUUCUGGUCUGGUUAUUCAAGUUCAUCCAUCGAGAGAAAAACAAAAAGAUUCCAAAAAAAUGUUUCGAGUGAGUAAUUUCGUGGUGGGUCUAGCCAACACAUUGGUGAUGUUAGUGAGCGUAUCGGCCAUUGGUUAUUCGAUUUACAUGUUCGUUCACCAAGGCGUGACCGAUUGCGAAUCAGCGAUUCGGGCACCACUUCUCACGACCGGAUGCAUCCUCUUCGUGGUGUCGCUGAUAGGGGUGAUAGGAUCUUGUUUCAAGGAAAACUUCGCAAUGGUGUCCUACUUGAUCAUACUGUUUAUGGGCAUUGCAGCGUUGAUGGUAUUCUCCAUAUUUCUCUUCUUUGUGACGAACAAAGGAGCCGGCCAUGUGGUCUCCGGGAGAGGGUAUAGAGAGUACCGGACGGUUGAUUUCUCGACUUGGCUUAACGGGUUCGUUGGUGGGAAGAGAUGGGUUGGGAUAAGGUCUUGUUUGGCUCAGGCUAGUGUUUGUGAUGAUUUGAGUGAUGGUCGCGUUAGUCAGAUCGCUGAUGCCUUCUAUCACAAGAACUUGUCUCCUAUCCAGUCAGGUUGUUGUAAGCCGCCAUCGGAUUGCAACUUCGAGUUCAGAAACGCCACGAUGUGGAUGCCGCCGAAGAAAAACGAAACGGCCAAUGAGAACGGAGACUGCGAUGCAUGGAGCAACGUGCAGACGGAGUUGUGUUACAAUUGCAACGCAUGCAAAGCGGGAGUGUUAGCGAACAUAAGAGAGAAGUGGAGGAACCUUCUGGUCUUCAACGUUUGUCUCCUCAUCCUGCUCAUCAUCGUCUAUUCCUGCGGUGUCUGUGCUCGUCGUAACAAUCGGACGGCUAAGAAAACCGGAAGAAGAAAAAUGGAGGGUCAGAUAAGACAGCUAAAAGACAUUUUCGACCGGUUCGACAUGGACGCAGACGGAAGCUUGACAAUUUUAGAACUCGCUGCGCUUCUCCGGUCACUUGGCCUCAAACCUUCUGGCGACCAAAUCCACGUUUUGUUAGCUAGCAUGGACGCAAACGGCAACGGUUUUGUCGAAUUCGAUGAGCUUGUUGGUACAAUUCUUCCUGAUCUGAACGAAGAGAUCCUAAUCAAUUCCGAACAACUACUAGACAUUUUCAAAUCAUUCGAUAGAGACGGUAAUGGGUUCAUCAGCGCAGCAGAGCUUGCUGGAGCGAUGGCCAAGAUGGGCCAACCAUUGACGUAUAAAGAACUAACGGAGAUGAUCAAAGAAGCAGAUACAAAUGGAGAUGGUGUCAUAAGUUUUGGUGAAUUUGCUUCCAUUAUGGCUAAAUCUGCUGUUGAUUAUUUUGGAUUAAAAAUUAAUUCAUGAUCGUUUAAAUCCUUUUUGCUUUUCUUCAACAUUUUUUUCUCUCUCCAAAAUCGUAUUCGUAAAAAAUGUCUUAAAGCUAGAUUGAUCGAAAAUUUGAUAUAUAGUUCAGAGAAAAUAGUGUCUUAAAGAUCCAAGGACGAUUAAAGAGGGAAAAACUCACGGAAACAGAUAUUCUUGAAAUUUGAGAAACAAUAU